CUCCGUGAAGGAUCAAAACACACGCUAUUGCCCGUGGUUACCGACCGUCUCUGGCCCAGCAACAAGGAAACCCAGACACCCGGAGCUGCGUAGCAGGUCCUAAAAAAAGAAAGAGAUGCCUUCUGAGAUGGGUAAGAACCUACCUUUCCUCCUGCAGGCGACCUGUCUGUCUGCUUCCAUCCGACCUUGUGACCUGGAGACCUUCCUGUUGUCGUUGCUUCCCUGCCCACCUGUUGUUGUGCAUACGAUCCCCUGCUGACCCAAAGGGACGGUAGCCCGAGCGGCCUCGCAGUCUUCAAGUGCUGCGUCCCAGACAACUCAGAUAGUAGCACCUCACAGUCGCCCCGGCACAGCUGAUCUGAUGAGGUCGCGGUCCGAAACUGUAGUAUCUAGGAACAGUCGACGCCCACGGUCCCGAGGCUCGACCGCUAGCAUCCAUUCCACCACCACCCAACAGACCCAGGACCAACAAAUCACCGACGCCUUCCCUCAAUUCCUGCCCGCGCAGCCAACCGCCGGCCACAAUGUAUUCGGCGGCAACCCUGAGGAAAUCAUCAUGCGAUUCGGCCAGCAGCUGUCGCACCCUGUGAACGGAGCCUCUCUAGACCACACUCUGCAAGAUGCACACCACCCCGUCAUGCCGAGAGCAGAGGACUUUCCCAGCCAUGCCAUGCAUGGCCACCAUCUGUCACAUCACUCCAUCCCUACAGGCAUUCCGAGCCAUGGAUUAACUGGCGUACCGAUGCCUCAAUUUCAAACCAUGUAUGACAGUGGAAUCGAGAAUCACGUGCCCGAGCAUGUCCUGGAUGAGAACGACGUCUCCGAAACUGGCGGAAAAAAGAAGAAAGGAUCGAGCUCGUCGCUAGCAAAUGACAACGAAUUGCGCAAGCUGCUACGCCAGUAUGAUGGGUACUCACUGAAGGAGAUGGCUACCGAGGUCUUGAAGCACGAAGGAGCGGGAGGCAAGGCCGAGAAAGUGAAACAGGUGUUCGCCAUGAUCUGGUUGAAGGAGAACUGCAGAAAGAGCAGUGGCUCUGUUCGGCGCGACCGCGUUUACUGCUGCUAUGCAGAGAAAUGUGGGACAGAACGUGUGUCGGUGCUGAACCCCGCUUCUUUUGGGAAGCUUGUCCGCAUCAUCUUUCCCAACGUGCAGACCAGACGACUAGGCGUCCGCGGUGAAUCCAAGUAUCACUAUGUGGAUUUGACAGUUAUCGAAGAGAAGCAGCAAAAGCCACCGCCACUGAACCCCCAACUACCGUCCAAUGCAAAUCGCGCACCAAGUGUAGCUGAGAGCAGUGCUGGUGAUAUAAUGUCAAAAGGGGCUAGUGUGGCGCCGCAGCCUCCCGCAGAUACGGCCGUGUUCCCUUCGCCCACGACUUCUUUCACACCGCGCUUCACCGCAAAUGUCACAACUCUUGGAUGUGGCUGCCAGUCUUCCUGUCACUCCCACAGUGACUCCACAGUCACGCUUGACAAUGUGGCCAGCCAGUCGGGCAAAACCAUUCAUCAGAUGCUUCACCUGCCGCCCUCCGAUACUCCUGCCGUUGACAACGAGUCUCUUCAGCUCCCCGACAUCAGUGGCUAUCUUCCGGCAAACACAGAUUCGAAGAUUGCUGCGGCUCUCGCAGCUCUUUAUCGUUCUCAUUGCAUUUCCGUUAUUGACAGCUUCCGGUACUGCAAGGAAAGGAACUUGCUGCGUUACUUCUCUGCCUUCCAUGGCACCUUGACUGUACCUGUCCAGAAGCUCUUGACACAUCCCAACCUUGCUCCAUGGAUCAAAGAGUGUGACUGGAUCAUGUACCAGAAGAUGAUUGCGUUCGUGGCUCCACUGACCACGCAGGUUGUUCCCAAGCUCGUGCUGGAUGCUUUUAGCUCGAUCUCGCAGCGACUCACAGCCCAUAUUGCUGAAACCUUCAAAUCACAGCCUCUCCAUGUCUCGCUGGCGAGAUUAAUACCCGCUCACAUCUUUUCCAACUUGCUAAAACACAUGCUCGACGUGAACCAAUCUGCCAACGCGGCUGCGGCCUGGCUGUGCCACCCUGACAACAGGAAUCAGAUGUGGUUUGACUUCAAAACCUUGGUAGACCCAAAGGCUAUGAUAUCAAAAGCCAACAUACCAAGCUGCGCAGAACGUGCAGCGGAGCAGAUUCUGAAGCAUGACGUGCGAGCUCUUCUCCUUCCCGUUGCAGAUAUGAAUCCAUCUGCCGCCCUCCCAUUCUACACCAAACCUGACACAGAAGAAGAUGUCCAAGCGCACAAAUUCCCCGUGGAAUCACCAGUGGCUGAGGACUACAACUUUCCGGACAAGUGGAUCUCAUUCAUCCUCAAUCUGGCAUCUGCUUUCUCUCAUCACCGUACGCAGUGUAUCAUUGAGAAAGUCGAUGCGCUGUGGGAUUGUAUUCUGCGGAGGUUGACAUUGGGAGGUGCCCCAAGCUUCAGCGCCUGGUGGAUGACGAAGGUUUUCUUUCAUGAAAUGAUGCUAUGGCAAGCUGAAAAGGGGGGGUUCAUGCGGUAUACCCCAAGCACGUUGCACUACGCCACCAUGGGCGCAAGCCAGCAAGGACCGACCAAUUUCCUCAUGAGUUCACCGAACUGCCCUGUGCCCGACCAUGAUAUUCAGCAGACCACCGAUUCGAGAGCGAGGUCGGCCACCAGCCCUGCAUCGGCGGAUAGUCUUCAAACCCACGAAUCGUUAGAUCAGCCGCAAGUGGAAUCCGAGUCGAAUCCCCACGGCAUCGAAAACGAGAAGCAUAGCGGCGUUCCUGAGAGCAUCCCAGGCUUCCAGGCUCCAAACAACGACGACAGUGCUAUUGAUCUCGACGACGAUUCGAUGCUAAUGACAGUGGGUAAAUAUGGUGAUAUGAUGGCCUCCGACCCGGCAGACGCCGAAGGAGAUGUUGUCGUCAUCUAGGCUACCUUUGCAUAUUUUCAUUUUCGUUCUUGGAAAAACCAGUUUUCUUUGCUUAUGGGUGGCGUUGGAUUUCCUUUUCAGGAGUACCAUUUUGGUUUGGUCACUAUUUAUUUACGUCUA